AUGGGGCCCCCCCAGGAUAUAAGCCUGGAAGAAUUUGAUGAUGAGGACCUGUCAGAGAUCACUGACGACUGUGGCUUGGGCCUCAGCUACGACUCAGACCACUGUGAGAAGGACAGCCUCUCCUUGGGGCGCUCGGAGCAGGCGCAUCCCAUCUGCUCCUUCCAGGAUGACUUCCAGGAGUUUGAGAUGAUAGAUGACAAUGAAGAAGAGGAAGAGGAGGAAGAUGAGGAGGAGGAAGAUGAAGAGGAGGAGGGAGAUGGGGAGGGGAAAGAGGUAGGAGGAGCUCAUACAGAGGCCCCUGACAAGGGGCCCCUUAUUCCUUCCCCUGCUCUGGAGGAGCCCCACAAGCACCGGCCCACCACCCUCCAUCUGACAACACUGGGCGCCCAGGACUCUCUGAACAACAAUGGAGGCUUUGCUCCAGAGGCCCCAGCCUCCUGGAAGGAGACUGUACUGUGCUCGCCAGUUCAGGAACCCCUCAGAGAGCUCCCUGGCCCCCUCCUGCCCACAGAAGAGGAACCCCGUGGGGUGCAGCCUGUGGCGUGCCCAGGCUGUGACUGGGAAGGGAACCCGCCCCCGGGCCCCCCAGCGCCAGCUGGGGCUUCACCCUCUUCUGAUCCUGGCAUUGAGGCCGACCUGAGAAGCCCCUCAAGUGGGGACCACGGCGGACGGCGGAGCAGCCAGGAGCUCUCAUCCCCUGGCUCAGACUCAGAGGACACUGGUGGAGGGCGCCUGGGGCGAAUGAUUUCAUCUAUCUCGGAAACUGAGCUGGAGUUAAGUAGCGAUGGUGGUAGCAGCAGCAGCAGUGGACGCUCCUCGCACCUCACCAACUCCAUUGAGGAGGCUUCAUCACCAGCCUCAGAGCCAGAGCCUGAGCCCCUGCAAGAACCUCCUCGCCGUCCCGCCUUCCUGCCUGUGGGCCCUGAAGACACAAACAGCGAGUAUGAGUCCGGCUCCGAGUCUGAGCCAGAUCUCAGCGAGGAUGCCGACUCACCCUGGCUGCUCAGCAACCUGGUGAGCCGCAUGAUCUCUGAGGGUUCCUCCCCCAUUCGCUGUCCUGGCCAGUGCCUGUCUCCCGCGCAGCGCCUGCCUGGGGAGCCUCUGUCCCUGGCCAGCAAAGCCACAGAGGACUCCCAAGCCCCUGAAGCGGCAACAGGCCCUGGUGUGGAGUUGGUGGACAUGGAGACGCUGUGCGGGCCGCCACCGCCGGCCCCCACAACGCCUCGGCCAGGCUCAGCACAGCCUGGGCCCUGCCUCUUCCUCAGCAACCCAACGCGAGACACCAUCACGCCCCUGUGGACCACGCCUGGCCGAGCUGCUCGCCCAGGCCGUGCCUGUUCUGCUGCCUACUCUGAGGAGGAAGAGGAGGAGGAGGAGGAGGAUGAAGACGGUCCCGAGGACAGUGUGGGGCUCCCCCAGGGCAGGGGUGCAGGCUCUAGUGCGCCACUGGAUGCAUCACUGGUGUAUGAUGCAGUCAAGUACACACUGGUGGUAGAUGAGCACACACAGCUGGAGCUGGUGAGCCUGCGGCGCUGUGCGGGCCUGGGUGAUGACAGCGAGGAGGACAGUGGUGGUGAGGCCGCUGAGGAGGAGGUGGGCGCUGCACUUCUAGGUGGCGAUCAGAUCCCUGAAGAUGUGUCUCCCGACAGCCCAGACAUCACCUUCUCUAAGAAGUUCCUCAACGUCUUUGUCAACAGUACAUCUCGAUCUUCUAGCACUGAGUCCUUUGGCCUUUUUUCCUGUCUGGUCAAUGGGGAGGAAAGAGAGCAGACUCACCGGGCUGUUUUCAGGUUUAUCCCUCGUCAUCCGGAUGAGCUGGAGCUAGAUGUGGAUGACCCAGUGUUGGUAGAGGCUGAAGAGGAUGACUUCUGGUUCCGUGGCUUCAACAUGCGCACAGGAGAGCGUGGUGUGUUCCCUGCCUUCUAUGCCCAUGCAGUGCCUGGCCCUGCCAAGGACUUGCUAGGGAGCAAACGGAGCCCCUGUUGGGUAGAGCGCUUCGAUGUACAGUUCUUGGGCUCUGUGGAGGUGCCGUGUCACCAGGGUAAUGGCAUCCUGUGUGCAGCCAUGCAGAAGAUUGCCACUGCCCGGAAACUGACUGUUCACCUGCGCCCUCCUGCCUCCUGUGACCUUGAGAUCUCUCUGCGGGGGGUCAAGCUGAGUCUGAGUGGAGGAGGGCCUGAGUUCCAGCGCUGCAGCCACUUCUUUCAGAUGAAGAACAUCUCGUUCUGCGGUUGUCACCCUCGUAACAGCUGCUAUUUCGGGUUCAUCACCAAACACCCGCUGCUGAGCCGCUUUGCUUGCCACGUCUUUGUGUCUCAGGAGUCCAUGAGACCAGUAGCGCAGAGUGUCGGCCGCGCCUUCCUGGAAUACUACCAGGAGCACCUGGCGUUUGCUUGCCCCACAGAAGACAUCUACCUGGAGUAGUGGGAGGAAGCUCUGGCCACUGUGGGCUGGGCAAGGACUGGAUUGGGGACACACAGUACCUUAUGUCAUAGGAGAGCUCCAGGCCUGGAGCUUUCCCCCUC